CUUCUUCCUUUACUCUUUGUUUUAGCCCAAAAACCUGAUUCUUUGUUAGGGACAAAGACUCCAUUAAAUUUUGUCAGUUUUACUUUUGUUUUCCGUUGAAACAACUUGUUCCUCCACCUCUUUCCUAUUGCAAGAUUCAUAUACAUAUUGAUAUUAUUUACGUUAAAAUGGAGCGACAGAAUGACAAUUCUGAUAAAACUACAUUCAAAGUGAAGCAUUUAGGUGAAUAUCACGACAUUGUCAUUGAUUGGAAUGAUGAUAGAUUUUUAUACAAAGCGCUACAAUUAUACGACCAGCUUGAAUCAAUAACUGGAAUACCGAGCAGAUAUAAUGACAAAAUAUAUCUGUAUGACCCAUUUACAGAGGGGUCAGGCAAUUUGAAUACUUAUGACAUUAACAGGAGGAUCGAACAUCCUGAGCGCAAUGGCCCCAGUAAGGAUGAAAUCUGCGAUGCAAUAAGUUUUGCUGAAGGACGUUUUCAUCUCGUUUGUGAAGUAACUUUUGUUGAGCGGAACACUAAUCAUAUUUUUAUUGAGUAUUCCUUGAUACCUGAAAGAGUGGUUCCAGAAGGAGGAUGCAGACAUCGUUUUUGUCGAUAUAAAAAUACCAAAAGUUUCUUCAACAAGUUAAAGGAUAUUGUCAAUAACGAUCAAUUGAAUGCCAAAAUGGCGUCUCUUGUCCCGACAUCAGGGAGUUCAAGCGAGAUUUGCAGACGAUUCAAUAUUCGUCAAUAUUUUAGAUCUAGUUGUAAUGCUAGGUACUGGGAAGUUCCAAAUGCAGAAGCUAGACGCGUAUUUUGUGAUAUGAACCUUUAUUUGAGAACUCGUGGUUAACAUUCAUCAAUUCAUUUUUCAUAACCUGAGUCUGAUAUGAUUUACUAUGCUGACCGAAGCUCUUUUCAGUCCUUUAUUUUUCAUCGGAAAUUGGACAGUUCUGAUGCUAGACUUGUCUCAGUGUAUGAGAUGAUUCGAAGACAAACUUGUUUUUCUCUAAGUUUUUCAUGGUCAUGAUGCAUCUGAAUCAUUCAUAGCAUAUGAUGUUUAACUGUUUGAAAAAAUAAACUUAACACUUUUAAACCAA